AUCCUAAUGGCCAAAGAACAACUGUUUAGACAAAAGGUUCUUGCUCAGAAUUCUGGUUAUGACCUGCAGGAAACAGUAGUAAAAGUUCAGGUUGAGCAUUCAGAAUCAAAACAACCUGUUGGCAUAGAUUUGAAUACAGGUGAGCCAAUGGUAGCAGCAGAUGCAGGAGUUUGGGAUAAUUAUUGUGUGAAAAAACAACUUCUUCACUCUUGCACAGUGAUUGCCACCAACGUUCUCCUGGUUGAUGAAAUUAUGCGAGCUGAGCACAGGCUCCGGAUGCGCAGGCUCAGCGGCCAUGGCUCACGGGCCUAGCCGCUCCGCAGCAUGUGGGAUCCUCCCGGACGGGGGCACGAACCCGUGUCCCCUGCAUUGGCAGGCGGACUCUCAACCACUGCACCACCAGGGAAGCCCAUCAUUUUUUUUUGAUGUAUACCUAGAAGUGAAAUUUUUGGAUAAUAUUGUAAUCUGUGUUUAACUUUUUGAGGAACUACCAUAAAUUUUACAUACCUACCAGCAGUGUACAAUGGUUUCAAUUUUUCUACAUCUUCACCAACACUUAUCAUUUUCUGUUUGUUUGUGUUUUUUAAAUAAUAGCCAUCCUAAUGAGUAUGAAGUGGUCUCUCAUAUUGAGUAUGUAGUUUUAAAUAUGCUUCAUUUUAUCUGGCAAUUUUCUGUGUUUGUGAAUUGAGGGUGAGGUGGAGGGUCGUCCACAUUGGCUAAUUUGCUAUUUGCUACAACUGCCAGACCUAUGUAUUUUUAAUGCAAGUUGUUUAACUAAU